CCCGCAUGCGCGUGACGCGCGCCGACGUCACUUCGCCUCGCCCCGCCCCCAGCCGGCGGCGGGAAUUCUCCCUAGAGCCGUCGGAGCGUCGCACCUGCGGGGCUUUCGGGAGAGGCUGAAGGCCUGGGACGCCAUGGCCUUCGCCUUGCCCGGAGUCACGUUGCCCGCUGUCGUCGAGGAGCUCCUGAGCGAGAUGGCCGCGGCGGUGCAGGAGAACGCGCGAAUUCCUGAUGAGCAUCUGUCAUCGCUGAAGUUCAUCUUCGGCUCAUCAGCCAUCCAGGCCUUGGACCUCGUGGACCGACAGUCCAUCACCUUAAUCUCAUCGCCCAGUGGGAGGCGUGUUUACCAGGUACUGGGAAGUUCUGGUAAAACAUACACAUGCCUGGCUUCUUGUCAUUACUGUUCCUGUCCUGCCUUUGCCUUCUCGGUGCUGCGGAAGAGUGACAGCCUCCUGUGCAAGCAUCUCUUGGCGGUUUAUCUUAGUCAGGUAAUGAGAACCUGUCGGCAGCUGAAGGUCUCUGACAAGCAACUGACUGACAUAUUAUUGGUGAAGAAGAAACAAGAAGCGCAAAAGGUAUAGACUGAGCAUCGUUCUCUUUCAAGAUAGAGAAGUCCCACCCAGAAAAACAUUUAACCUACCAAGGUUCACCUGGAGGAGAGGUGAAAUAGAUCUUCUGGAGACUUCUCGUCAACUAUCCCUUUUCCCUCCAGGACAAGAGACU